AUGGUCACUCCCCUGUGGACACGGUCACUCCCAUGUGGUCAUGCUCACUCCCCUGUGGAGAUGGGUGAUCAUGUGUGGCUCGAAACUAACACAGGAGGAGAGUUCAACGCAGCAAUUGGAGCAGUGGUGAAGCUGAUGGGUUCCGGCAAGAUGCUACUAUUGGAUGAUGAAGGAAAGGAGCAGUGGGUUGGUACCUCGAACUUUAACAGUGUGCGCCCCAUGCACCCUACCUCAGUGAAGGGGGUAGAUGACAUGAUCCGGAUCGGGGACUUGAACGAAGCUGGGAUAUUGCACAACUUGCUCAUCCGAUAUCGGGAAAACAUCAUCUAUACCUACAGCGGAUCUAUUCUCGUCGCCCUUAACCCAUACCAGCUGCUCCCGUUGUACACCACCGAGCAGAUCAAUCUCUACACCAACAGGCACAUCGGAGAGCUGCCCCCUCACAUCUUUGCCAUUGCCGACAGCUGCUACAACAACUUGAGGAAGAGCAGGAAGGACCAGUGCUGCAUUAUCAGUGGGGAGUCGGGAGCCGGGAAGACGGAGAGUGCGAAGCUAAUCCUGCAGUUUCUGGCUGCAGUCAGUGGGCAGCACUUGUGGAUCGAGCAGCAGAUUCUGGAGGCCACCCCGAUUCUGGAAGCUUUUGGAAAUGCAAAAACUGUAAAAAAUGACAAUUCCAGCCGCUUUGGGAAAUAUGUUGAAAUCUACUUCAGCGAUGAUGGAAUUAUCGAGGGUGCAAAGAUUGAGCAGUAUUUACUGGAGAAGUCCCGAGUCUGCCAAUUGGCUGCAGAUGAGAGAAACUAUCACAUUUUCUACAGUAUACUGAUGGGGAUGAACACAGAGCAGAAGAAACUCCUCAGUCUAGGCACAGCACAUGAGUUUGACUAUCUGACGAUGGGUAACUGUACGAGUACUGAUGGACAUGAUGACGUCAGACACUAUGCUGAUAUUUGCUCAGCUAUGAAAAUCCUGACAUUUUCCAACAGUGAACAGUGGGAUAUCAAUAAGCUACUGGCUGCUAUUUUACAUCUGGGAAAUCUGCAUUUUCAAGCUGCUGUGUAUGAUAACUUGGAUUGUUGUGAGCUUUUGGAAUCCAAGCAUCUCUCCGUGGCCACAAAAUUACUUGAGGUGAACCCACUGGAGCUGAAGAAGGCAUUGACUCACAGAUCCAUCGUGAUCAGGGGGGAGAAUGUAACCACUCCAGUCAGCAAAACCCAGGCAGCAUCUAGUCGGGAUGCAUUGGUGAAGGGAAUAUACGAUCUUCUCUUUCUGUGGAUCGUGAAAAAGAUUAACACUGUCAUCAACACACCCACCACAAAGGGUCCAGGAAAGGUUUGCAGUUCGAUCGGUUUGCUGGACAUCUUCGGCUUCGAGAACUUUGAUUCAAACAGCUUUGAGCAACUAUGCAUUAACUUUGCCAAUGAGCACUUGCAGCAGUUCUUCGUGAAGUGCGUCUUCAAAGAGGAACAGGAGGAGUACGUUCAGGAGAACAUCGACUGGCAGCACAUGGAUUUCAUUGACAACCAGACGACUUUAGACAUCCUUGCGGUCAAACCGAUGAAUAUCAUCUCACUGAUUGAUGAGGAGAGUAAGUUCCCGAAGGGCACUGACACAACGUUGUUAAGCAAGCUGAAUAAUCACCACAGCAGGAGUAUGGUCUACAUCCCUCCGAUGAGCUCUCAUGGGACAAUGUUUGGCAUCGCUCACUUUGCAGGACUGGUUCACUAUGAGGCGAAAGGCUUCCUGGAGAAGAACAGAGAUCAGCUGAGCUCCAGCAUCAUCCAGGUUGUGCAAACCUCCAAGAACAAAUUUCUCAAACUCAUCUUCCAGAGCAAUGUUGGACCAGCCCAGGGAAGGUCACAGAGCCAGAGGCAAAUUCUACCUGGAAGUUCCAUCAAGAAAACCGACAGCUACAAACAGUUCCCAACGCUCAGUCGGCAGUUCAAGCAGUCACUGGAUAACCUCAUGAAAACCCUGAGGGCUUGUCAUCCCUUCUUCAUCCGCUGCAUCAAACCCAACGAGUACAAAAAGCCCUUGCUCUUUGACCGGGAAUUGUGCGUCAAGCAAUUGCGGUAUUCCGGAAUGCGGGAGACCAUUCGCAUCCGCAAGUCAGGCUAUCCCAUUCGCUUCACCUUCAUGGAGUUUGUGCAAGAGUACAAGAUCCUGUUGCGAUCAUUGCCUCAGCAAGUGAAAGAGGAGGUCGCCCACUUGUGUUGCAAAGAGAUUGCCAAAUCCGUGCUCGGAACUGACGGAGACUGGAAGAUAGGGAGGACGAAGAUCUUCCUCAAGGAGAAUGACCACUUGUUCCUGACGCUUGAGCGAGACAGGGUCUUGACAGCGAAAGCCACAUUGAUUCUGAAGGUUUUGCGUGGAUUCAAAGACAGGAAGGCCUUUUUGAGACUGAAGUAUGCAGCCCGCACAAUCCAGAAUCACUGGAGAGGAUACCAGUAUCGCAAGAGAUACCAAACGUUGAGGCAGGGCUACCAGAGGUUACAGGCUCUAUGCCACACCCGGAAACUGGUGAAGGAAUAUAACGAGACUCGCAGGAUGAUCAUCCUGUUCCAGGCACAAUGCCGGGGAUACCUGUCACGUCAGAAUAACACCAAACAGCUGGCUGCUGUGACCACUAUCCAGGCCUACACCAGGGGUAUGCUGAUUCGAAAGAGCUACCGGAAAAAGAGGAGAGAUAUUCAGAGACGUCUCGAGGCUGAGAAACUCAGUUUUGCCGAGGAGCGGCGCCUGGUGAAGGUGGUGGGGCUGGAUGUGGCCAGACACGAGGCUGACAAGAAGAAGUCGGUGAGUGCCCAAGGCUAA